GCGGGACUUUUCAAAGUGGGCGAGUCUCUUAAAGUGCACGCCUGACCGAUGCUAACCCCGGUGUUAGCUUUAAAACAUUGGUAACCGUACUGUUUAAAUAUAUUCACAGUUUAGAUUAUUUGACCAGACAAAAAACAUUCGCAUUUUAAUACCACAGUCAAGGAGGGCUUUUUUUUUGGCUUUUGGACCCAUUGUUAUGGUGGUAUACUAGCAUAGUAAGGCUUAGCUAGGUUAGCCUGUUUGUGUAUGGUUUGUAAUUGAAAGGAAAAAGAUAGAAGAACCAUGGAAUUGUUAUGAUCGGUAGAGGAAAACAUCUGUUAUUUUUCUUCAACGAUAAACCAUACGCCCCUGCAUCAUGUCCAUCGAUUUCGACACUGCUGCUCUCCAAACACAACAUGAUGAGGAGGAGUACGACCAGGAGGACUAUGCUAGAGAGCAAGAGCUGCACAAACUGCUCACAGACCUGCCAGAUGACAUGCUUGAAGAUAGCAGAGACUCCUCCUCUCCAGAGCUGGAGUACUCUACCUGUAGCAACAAAAAUACUGGCAAUAGUCCACAGGCCAAUGGAGCUCAGCAGUGGUCAAAUCAGGACAGGGCAACUUCUCAUGAACAGAACUAUGAACCCAACUACAACCACUUCCCAUUUGGAGACCAUCUGGUUAAUGGACACAUGAAUGGACAUCAAGGUCAAAGUCAACCUCAUGUUUGGAACCAGCCACAGGGUCCCCAGUUCAACCAAGGCGAUUACUCGUACAACAGUAUAGGCACAGAGAACAAUGAUUUCUCUACUGAUAACUAUGGGACCAACGCGUAUUCUCAGGCGUCUAAAAUCCCUGUUGAAUAUAAUGGAGAUGAAGCAUAUGGAGACAGGCGAGUUCAUGGGGAAACCAGAAAUCAUUUUCAAGUGUUUAACUCUAAACUACAUCAAGUUCAAGAAAUUGAUCAACUGCAAAGAGAGUUUCUUGAUUCAACAGCAAAAACUGCUGAUCAGGAACAGCUUGCCCAGCUGCGUGUCCUACACAAAGCUCAGCAGAGGCAGAUUGAAGACUUGGAGCAAAAGCUUGAGGAUUCACGACGCAACAUGAGAUAUCUGGAGCAUCAGUUUGCAAUUGUGAAAGAUGAAAAGGAUGGACUAGCUGUAAGUCUCAAAGAAUCAAGUCGAAUGAUUGAAGAGUAUAAAGAUCGGGAAAUGAAGAUGCAAAAGAGUGUAAAGGCAUUGGAACAUCAAGUGCAACUUCUAACUGAGAAAGACCAAGAGAACAUGAAGAAGCAAAGAGUGGCGGAUGCUGCAGUGGACACCAUGAAACAGCAGAUGUUGGACCUGUGCCGCUCGGACACUUUAUCCAGAGCUCGAGAACAACAUGACCGAGACAUCACAGUCCUGAGGGAGCAGCACGACGCAGUGCUUUUGGCCUCUCGGCAGAAGAUAGACUCUAUAUCACAGGCACUUGACCAGCAGGUUGAGCUUACUCAGAGGUUACGGGAGCAGGUGAAGCAGCUGGAGCAUCAGAGAGAAGAGGACCAACUGGAGAGAGCCAGAGUCAUCAAUGCACUCACACAGCGCCUGGAGGAGAGCCAGCAGCAGUGUGCCAAACUGCUACACACAAGUUCAGUACAAGAAAUUACUCAACUGCAAAUCAAACUCCAGCAAGCCCAGUCUGCAAAGUCACUGAGUGAAAACAUGAAUAAAGGCUUACAGGAGGAUCUGGCAGAACUGAAGGAGCAGAUCACUUUAUAUGAAUCUGCAGUAAAACAUGGAGUUAUUUCCUUGGACCUAAGCAAUAACCUGGAAAACCAUCUUUCAGAGUCCUGUGUUGAUUUGGGUUUGAAGAAGACUAACCUGAAAAAUGGCAUGUUACACAGUCCCUUAGCCAAUCUGUCCGUCACGAAGCUGCCUAAAGACGAAGCCUUACGCCUGCUGAGAGUGGAGAUGCAGCGGUGUUUGGGGAAGCUGAAAGAAAAUAGGCAGAAGAUGGAGCAGCUGCAGGAGAACCUCCGGGUCAGUCAGGCCAGAGCCGAUGAGCUACAGGUGGAGCUGGAGGAGGCUAAACUCAGCUCUACGAUAAGAGAAAAUGGUCAAGUAAAACUUAUGGACAUGCCUGGGGCAUCUCAGAAAGAGUUCAAGCAACUAGAGGAAGACAAACGACACUUGCAGGAACAAGUGGAGAUCCUGGAGAAUAAGUGUAAGGAGCUGAAACAGAAUGAGGAAAAAUUGAAAGCUGCAAACUUGGAGCUGUGCACUAAGAUGAGAGAGAUGAUCCAGGAGUUGGAUCAAGAAAAGCAGGAGGCAGCUGAAAGAUCAGAGAGGAUUCACCAGCAGCACAGGGAUGAUGUGGUGAAGCACAUCAGGGCUGAGCUCAUUCAGGAGCACACAGCCCAGAUGGAACAACUUAACCAACACCACCAGCAGCAGCUCCAGGAGUUACAAACUCAGCUGUCUGAAGCGCAUGAUAAAAUGCUAGCUGUCCAAGAGUGCUACAUUUCUGUCUGCAAAGAGAAGGAUGCCCUGGAGGAAAGUAUUCGUAACAAAGAUAAUGAAGAGGCUACAUUAAAAGAGACCAAGCAAAAGAUGCAAGAAGAGACUGAUGCUGCUGUGAAGAAGCUGAGAGCUGAGAUGGACGCUCAGCACCAGGCAUCAGUCACUGAACUCAAAGCAGCAUGGGCCAAAGACAUGGAAAAGGAAAUCCAACACAAAGUGGACACACAUGUGGCUCAGAUCAAUGCAACCUGGAAGGAAGAGAUGAAGAAGAUGGAGCAGAGUUGGUCCCAAAAGCUUGAGGAGGCAAACCGAAAGAGACACCGAGAAAUUGCAGAGGCAACCAGUCAGACGAGUGAUUCUCUGGACAGAAAUGUGACGAUCAGUGCUGAGUUACAGUCCAGGCUCACGGCUCAGAAACUACAGCUGCAAAUGGAAGCAGACAGAGCCAAAGUAAAGGCUGUGGAGGAAGCCAAGAGGCAAGUCCAGAAAGAGCUUCAUGAGAAACAUCUGGAGGAUAUGGCCAAGCAGGUUGAAGCCGCAGUAACCAGGGCCUACAACCGCUGGAUAGAAGAUUUGACUUCACUACCAGAAUACCAAGCCUCUCUUUUAAGUGAGAAAGAGAAAUGGGAAGAAUAUCAGCAAAAAGUCACAGAUCAAAAGAUCUCCCAGGCCUUAUGUGCAGCAGAGGAACAGUCGGCAAAGCGUCAGAGGCUCCAGCUGGAGGGGCAGUCUUCGUCUCAACUGGAGGAAGAGCUACAACAGACUGUAUUGACCCUGCAGAGCCAACUGGACCAAACCAGGAGAGAGCAGGCAGCUUUGCUGAAAGCUGAACUGUCCGCCGCCCGAGCUGCCUGGAACCGAGACAAGCUACAAGAGAUCAAUAACGCUCAGGUGCACAGUGAACAGGCAUAUCAGAAGAAACUAGAACAAGCUUUACAACGGGUCAAAGAGGUAGAGCUUGAGAAAGACCUAUCUCAGACUGAAGCCAGAAUUCAGCAAGCAGUGCAAACCCGAGAACAGGAGUUGAAAUGUCGCUUUGCAGAAAAGGAGAAGGCACAAAUGAAGGAGAUAAAAGAUGAGAUGCAAGCUGAAAUUCAGGCUGCACUGGCCCAAGUCCAAACUCAACUCUUUAUGGCGCAGAAGGGAUCGGAUGAAGUCAAGAAAACCAGUGGGGGCCAGUCGGAGGACACAAUAACACAUGUUGUUCAAAACUUCUGCAAAGAUAUAGUCAACAGAGCAGUGUCCCAUGCAAAGAAAGAAUGGAAGAAGAUGAGUGAGGAAAAACUAAGCUUGGUAUUAAAAGAAACCCAGGAACAGUACGAAAAAGAAAUGAACAAAAUACAAGCCUGUGGGAGCCAGCAGGGUCAAUGCAGAAAGGAGUGCACCGAAAUUGUCAGUAAACUGCAGAAAAAGAACCAUGAGCUCCAGAGACAUUUGGAGAAGGCCUGUCGCCAGCUGCAGACUGCAGUGAGAGAGCACAAGGCAGCCAUGAAGAAUCUCAAAGAGGAACACGAAGGGUCCCUUCAGAAGAUCAAAGAGGAGCACUUGCAACAACUUGAAAGGACAACAAAAAAAUCUGGGAGUGCUGACCAACAACAUUUUCAGCAAGGCCUGGAACAGAUGAAACAGCAAUACCUAAAUACUGUAGAGAAAAUCAGAGGGGACAUGAUGCGGUACCUGCAGGAGAGCCGGGAGCGAGCUGCAGAGAUGAUUCGGGUAGAGGUGCAGAGAGAGAGACAGGACACAGCCCGGAAAAUGAGGCACUACUAUCUCACCUGUUUACAUGAGCUACUGGAGGAUGGGGGCAAGACCACUGGAGCUGAGAAGAAAAUAAUGAAUGCAGCAAGCAAACUGGCGGCAAUGGCUAAAGUGCUUGAAACGCCCGUCAAGAAUAAAUCUGGAAAAAAUUACACUUUACCUAGUGGCAGGACAGCUGUGUCUGACAGUUUUGAACCACCUGUUACAAUGAUGGAGUUUGAUAAGCGUCCACUGCUUGAGCACUCUGACAAGAGACAGGAUAUGAGGGUCCAGCCACAAAAAACAACUGAUUUGAACCUUAAAGCAUCAACUACAGGAAGGACUAAAUCUGUCAGCCAUCAAGACCAGUCUGUACCAACCCAGAAAACCUCACCUUCUCAAAGCACUGACGCUUCUGUUCGGAGCAAAACCAGGGACUUUUUGUUGCAAGGGCACAUGGCAGAAAGCAGCUUAGAUCCAAAACCAAAAAUGUUUCUUCAAGAGCUUCCUGUUAGGGAGGAGAAACGACUGACUGAUUGGAGCUUAAGUAGCAAUGACUCAGACACAGGUCUCCCAAUCCCUCAUUUGUCUUACACAGGGAGGAAAGUCAAACCCGUCAAGCCCUUUUCAGUAUCUCUAACUUCGAACUGUGAUUUUGGGGAGUUUGGUGGACUGACGCCAGAUGCCUCGGACCUAGCCAUUUAUAAUGAAAUGGUGAAAAAGACACCCGAUAUGCAAAAUGCAGAUUUUUACAAUGCUAAAUUGAGUGCGCACAGACAACCUACGCCUGGAUCUGAAUCUGCAAAUCCAGGCAUUUGCCCAAAACAGUUCUUUUCAGAGUUAAGACAAAGGCAGCAGGACAGCGGUUUUGGGAGUCCGUUUUACCAACAGAAAUGAAAAGCUAGAAUUGGUAAACUAUGGUGCCUUAUAUAGUGUUGCAAGUGAACAUUUCAUAAAAUUGUUGUCUUGUUUUUUAUCCUGUUGAAGGGAUAGCAUAAAAUCUGGUCAUUGCAUAGAUCCCCUGAAGAAGUGCCUAAAUUACAGCAACUAGCCCAGCUGAGUUUACAUUUCAAUUAUUUUUUUUGGUUUGUCUUUGUUAGCAGUGGCAGAUUUGUGAAGACAUUUUAGCCAAUUCAUCUCUUAAAGGCUACUACCUAUUUAAUUUAGGAAUACAUUAUACACGUUUGUCCAUUUGGAUUACUGUACAGUUUGGUUAGCCAAGUCCAAUUAAUGUGUUUUGACAACCUUUAUCAUCCUUGUAAAUGUUUUGUGUAACCCAGCUUUAACACACAUGUCUAGUUUCCAGUGUGAAGAAAUGUAUUUGAGUACAACUGGUAUGUGUCUGCAUAUUUAUUGCCUUCAACUACACACUCCAGUAGUUGGGCUUCCUUGUGGCAGUGAAGGCCACAUAUCUUGUAGUGAUUUGAGUGGCUAUUGUUGUGUAAUUGUUUUGGG